CAAAAAUCAAACUUCUAGAAACGGUCAAACCACACUGCAUUCGCUUUCCUAAGCCUCUCUCUCUCGUACAAAAUUAGUCUUGGUGUGAUAUAUAAUAAUAGGCAAAAAGCAGAAGGAGCCAAAGAUUCAAAGAAGUCAAAGCAACUCACUAUUCAACUUCAAACAUCUCAAUUCUCAACCACCACGCAACCAAAAAAAAAAAAGAAAAAAAAAAAAGAAGAAGACUACUCAUAGAAGUUUCUAGUUUUCAAAUGAGGCUUUUAAUGCUCUCAUGAAUUCGUUAGUAGGCAGAAGAAACUUGAAAGGACGAGCCAAAAGAAAAACAAAAAGAAAACAAGAAAAAGAGUGAUGGCAUGUUUUAUUCCUUUCAACAAUAGGAAUUUGGAUAUAAGCUUCUUCGCCUUCAGGCCAACAGUUGUUCUUGUUGGAGAUCUUAUUGAUGCUCUAAAACACUUCUCUUUGUGCACUGAGACUCUUGGUUGUGUUCAAAGUUCUUUGAUUCAGAGCAUCCAUGGAAAUAUGAUCUUAUGGUACGGCGCAUGGCUUAAAAAAUCUUGUGAGAACAAAGAUGCACUGACCGUGACCCUUCUCUCAAUGUUGGCCAACAUAUCAAGCAUGGCUAUCCUAGUUGAACAUACCUUCUUUGGUUCAUAUGCUGGAGAUUCAAGAGACGGCGGGUUGGCUGCAAAGUUCUGCGCCGGUGACACAGUCUCGAUAAGGAUAGCAUCUCUCACUGUUGGCAAUGACAUGAAUGAUCUCUCUUAUGCCUGCUUAGCUUUGUUCAAGUCCAGUUUCCUAAAAGUGGAUGGUGUGACAUCUGGGGUUUGCCUGAAAUGCCAAAGCAAGCCAACCGUUGCGUGUUUUCUCGUGUGGAAGUCCCUCCAGUCUUGUUACUCAUGGGUUCUUGGCUCAAACCAAAGAAGUUCAAUACUACCUUAUCUUGAACGCUUUCCCCUAGAUCUUAAGUACGACAUUUUCCGAGUAGUCUAUGUCAGUGGUGACAAUGCACUAAACAUUCGGUUCUUCUCUCCUCGGCAAAUGUUCGAACAAGGAGGAGAAAGCAAAGAACAAGGGCAGGUCAUGUAAAAACUGAGAAAAAGAUUAGGAACCACUUGUGUUCUGGCCUUGUAAAUAUUUUAUAUUGGUCCUAUGGAUUGAAUACAUUCCAAAUUGGAGGUUUGAGAGAGAUAUUCUGUCAUUAGCAAUCUAGUUGAUUUGGUUAUGUCAAUCUCUAUUUGAUGAACUUGAGCACCAUGUCAAGCCACAUUACCAGAUCAAGUUGUUAAAAAACUAGACCAAUACUUUCAAUUAAUUAGUCCUUCAGAAAA